AUGAGACUUUCUUUCUCCCCACCACACACCCACCAUUGCCACUACCAUUAUCACUACCCCAUCAGGUUCCACCAUUCCACGCGCAUGGACGCCCCCACUCGCAAAGACAAAGUCAUCGUCAUCAUGGGCGCCACCGGCUCCGGAAAAUCUCGUCUUUCCGUCGACCUCGCCACCCUCUUCCCCUUCUCUGAAAUCAUCAACUCUGACAAAAUGCAAGUUUACAGAGGCCUCGACAUCACCACCAACAAGAUCCCCUUCUACCAACGCCGCGGCGUCCCCCACCACCUCCUCGGCGACGUCGAACCCUCUCUCCCCGAGUUCUCCCCAUCUGACUUUCGCCGCCGCGCUGCUGACACCAUCGCCGACAUCACCCGCCGGAAAAAACUGCCCAUCCUCGUCGGCGGCUCCAACUCCUUUGUCCACGCUCUCCUCGUUCAACGUUUCGACCCCGAAUUCAACGUAUUUGAUGACGUUUCAUCAUCGUCAUCGUCAUCACCAUCGUCUUUUGAGUUGAGGUACAAGUGUUGCUUCCUCUGGGUGGACAUAUCGUUUCCUGUGCUAUUGGAAUACUUGCUCAAGCGAGUCGACGAUAUGGUCGACUCGGGGAUGGUCGACGAGUUGGCUCAGUUCUUCGACCCGGACGCGGCGAACCGAACCGGGUUCGGUUUGAGGAAGGCCAUCGGGGUUCCCGAGUUCGACCGGUUUUUUAAAGAGUACCCGCCCGGACAGGGGCGAGAGGGGAAGGAUCCGAUGCGGGAGCGUGCAUACCAAGAAGCGGUGAGGGCGAUUAAGGACAACACGUGUAAGUUGGCCAAGAGGCAGAUAGGGAAGAUCCUGCGGCUACAAAGCGCCGGGUGGGACCUUCGGAGGAUCGACGCCACGGAGGCGUUUCGGGCGGUGCUGACGUCAGACUCCCACGGCGGUUCCGAUGCGUGGGAGAGACAGGUGUUACAACCAAGCGUGAACAUUGUGAAGCGCUUCUUGAUGGAGUAG